CGAUAGUUGGGGUGGCUGGAGUGGCAGCACUGCGGGUGCAAAAGAAGCAGACUUGUCAGUGUACAGUGUUGACCCGGGACUGUGCGAAUCAAGUUGGCCUGAGCUCUUGGAUUCUGUUUACUUGUAUUGAACAUUUUAUUUCAUCAACUAAUCAGUGAGUCCUAGGACUAUUCCGAUGAAGUUUGCCUGGAUUAUUUUGUCCGUGGCCUUGCUGGUUGUAUUCAGCGAGGCUAAGAGGAAGCACAAGUUCGAAGGAGACUUCGAAUUCGCCGAAGAGGAUGAAACGAGAACCAGCAACAACAAAAUGCCCGAGAAGAAGCGAUGGAUCCACGAUCCUAACAGUGACCUGUGCCAACCGCUGAACUGCAAGAAGAAAGAUAUCUGUUUGCUGGAGGACUCGUUCACGGCUGUUUGUGUCAGCAAGAAGGAGCUGCAUCGCAGUGGAGACAUCGUCAUCCCCAAGUCCAAGCUGCAGCAGCAGGAGACGCAACAGCUGCAGCAGACUCACAGCCAGGACGAGGACAUCUUCUAUGACUCUGAGGAUGACUCCGAUGACGAUGAGGCAGAUUCUGCACAGGAUAUCAUCAGAACUCGUUGCACACCUUGUCCUGUGAUGAAGCCGACAUUCCUGUGCGGAAAUGACAACCAUACAUACAGCUCGCUGUGUCGUCUCGACUACCAUAACUGCGUGCAUCGCUCCAGCGUCAAAGUCUUCUGCAAAGGAUUCUGUCCUUGCAAAGAAGGAGAUAUCCACAUGCGGAAGAAGCAGAAACAAGCUGAACGAAUGAACAAUUUCAUGAACAAGUACAAGGCUACCAUGAUGGAGCAGGAGAAGAACCCCCAGGCCGCAGCUGACAAAUACACAUUCACCCCUCAAGACUUCAAGUACGAGAACAAGCACUACAAGUACAUCAAGUACACAAAACAUGACAACAAGAUCUCAAAGGACACGUUCACAGCGACCAACCCGCCCUACUAUGAGGACAAGGAGCGACUACGGGGUGACAACGAGGUGCUGGACACGAAACCCACGCUGGGCUCGGCCAACUCGGUGGUGGGAGGGGGUAGCAGUGGGGGUGGAAGCAGCUGGACCAAGGAGUGCUCCCCCUCCGCACUGCAAGCCAUGGGCGAUCGCCUACUCGACUGGUUCUCUGUCAUCAUGGCCGAUGCCAAGCGGAGGCGUACACACACCAAAGGAAAAGGCAACCGAUUCCCCACCGGGUGCAAGAACGAGGUGCGCUGGAUGUUCGAGCACUUGGACUCUGAGCCAGACGGCCAGCUUUCUCUGCAGGAACUGUAUGACUUAGAACACGACCAGAACGAGCAUUGCAUCAAACCAUUCCUUGACGCUUGUGACACUGAUAGGGAUAUCUUCAUUAGCCCACGUGAAUGGUGCAAGUGCUUUGACAAAACUGACCGCCCAUGCGCUGCUGUUAAGAGGAGAAUCACAUCUGCUAUUGCAGGGAUGUACGUUCCGGACUGUGACGGGGAUGGCUACUAUCGCUCGACCCAGUGCCACAACUCUGUGGGAAUGUGCUGGUGCGUCGACAAGCAUGGCGUCGAGCUGCCCAACUCAAGAACACGGGGCAAACCCAAUUGCGAUGCUCUGUUGAUGAAAAGCAAGACGUCCAGUCCAAAGAUCUCUUCAAUUGAUGCCAUCAACGACAAUGAUGAUGACGAAAAUGAUGAUGAAGAUUCCGAUGAGGAUCUAGAGGGAAGUGCUGACCAGCCUCUCGACUUUUAGAUUAAAUAUAGUAGACAUUCAGGUUCGUUAAGCUGGUUCAUCUUGAGCCGAUUCACUACUUGAGCUGAUUUCCCCCACCAUUCCAGUCCAGGUCCAUCCUCACCGUCAUCACAUCUACAGCUGUGUAAAAUAGUUUCCCCAAGGGAUCAGUCGUAUGUUGCAUUUUUAGGAGUUUUUCAUAGUUUGAGUUGUAUGUAGCGAAUUCGCUUUCCAAUCAUUUCUCAAGUGUGAAUAGAAUGAAAUAAAAGAUACGGUUAAGUUACAUGUUGAAAAGAAUGAGAGGUACAGUAGUAGCUUAUGGUGACUUGCUACACAUCUUUCAAAAAUUCACCUAAUUCAUGAUUGAUGAUUGAUCCCUUGAAUUAUUCAAUUACCAGUUCCGUGCAAUACAGUAAAUUGGUGCGUCCUAAAAUAUAUGCAAAAUAAUUAUAGUCUCAUAUAGAUAUAAUUUGUGAAGAAAACAGACCAUAAUUAGAGUUAUAGUGCAAUAUAGGACAUAAUCAAUGGCAAUUUAUCAAUUUAGAGUUGUAAUAAACUGAAGAAAUAGCUGCAAUCUCUCAGAGUACUUGAAAAAUGUCGACACGGCUUAGUUCUAGAGGUCUUCAUUUAAUUUUUCAACAAUAUCCUCUCAGUAUAGGCCAAUUUAACAAGAAUGAAAUGUCCAAUGGUCAUUUCUCAAUGACCAUCACUUUGUCAUAUCUCAUCACUGAAGAGUUAUAGUGAAGAAACUAGUAUUAAUUUGAUUUAUUAUGAAUAAUCAAUGUUAUUCAGACAUAAAGCAGCUGGAGCUCUUCUCAGUAGAUACUAUGAUCAUUGAAGCUUUAUUUCACUGUUAGCAUAUAUACUAACAAUGAAAAUAUUUAUCAAAUACGAAGACAAAACUCAUUAAUCCGUAGUAUAAUGUGUCAUGAAACUUUUAAUAGCUGUUGAGCUAUGCUGUUGUUGAGAUUGUAUGAUUGAAAAUCGUAAAUCUUGGAAAAGGAAGAUUGCCAAAAUAUGCCAGAUGACAUAAUAUAAAAUCAAUGUCCUGCACACUUAAUACUUGCAGAAGAUGUGCACUAUCGAACUAUUUGUUUUCAAAAAAAAAACUAUAAUCAAUUAUUAGUGUUGGUCUCUAGUAAGCAAUGUGCAUUUUGUGAAUUUAUUGAAAUGAAAGUAGCAGACUCAAUAAAAAAUAGCUUCACCCAGGAGGGUGGGAGAGAGAGAGAGAGAGAGUCAACUGCACCCUUCACCCGUCCUCCUAUAGGCAAACUAAAGGCAGCAUUCCACUUCAGUUCUAUAUGUAAAUAGACCAUAAUCAGCAAGUAAAGAACCAUAAUAUUGAAGAGAGUAGAAAAGCUAAUUUUAUCAUGCUAAAUAUCUCACUAUCAUGGAAUACAAAUAAUAUACAUGUAAUGUACGUAUGUAUUUAAAGUAUAAUUAAUAAAUAUACGAUUUUUAAUUUUAUAAUUUGUAAUAAGUGAUCAAAUAUGCCAUUAUAGAAUGAAAUAAAUUCAAUCCAGUAGGUGUCAUUUUACAAUAGUGCUUCUAUAUGAGUGUCUAUUUAAAAAUGAGUGUUAGUUACUAUUGUAAGCAUUUGACUACGAGAGUACGGUAGGCCAUCUUAUUAGUUAUGCCAUCUUAUAAUCUAAUAGAUAUUGGAAGAAAUUGAGGACAUUUUAUUUCCAUUUCACUACAUUUUUAAUCUGGUAACAGAUGAUGUUGUUUCAUUAGCACAUGACGAAUGAUUGUUUCAUUUGUACUUGUUUCAUAGUAGACUAGAUUUGAUUUGUAAAUAUUUUAUAUUUUAGUUUAGUUUGUUUUUAUAUUUAUUGUAAACUAGUUUAUUUUCUCGAGAUUGGUUGUUAUUUAAAAGCUUUAUCCAAUAUCAACAUUGACCGUUCGCUGUGGGAGAGAAUCCCAAAACUUCAAGACUAUAUCUGUGUAGUUGACUUUAUUCAGUUAUAUAUUUCUUCCAUGAAUCGAGUGUAAUUCUAUGAAAACGUUCAUUCAAAACAAGCUUGUACUUCGGUUUAUAAAAUUAUAAAUAUUUUUGUUGUUGUAGAAAGUUGGUACAGUACCUAAAAGGAAUGAAGAAUGUAAGAUUUCAUCCCAUGUGCAUUGAAAUUAGUUAUAGUUAACGCGCCUCCUUUGCAAAAUUCAAGAGUGGUUACACUCACAUAAAGUAUGCAUAUUCUUCCUUUAUUGCUGUAUAGGUAUUGAUUGUGAGAGAAAACUCUUGAGGAAAUUGUAUUUUCAACGUAUAUUAUACUUUUAUGAUAUAAUAUUACCAUAUAAGUGAUGGGCACACUCCUCACAAGUAGAAGAUAGCAUAUUCUAAC